GGUAUCUGAGUCUCUCUCAGUCACAGCUCAGCUCAACUCAGCUCAGAGUAACCACUUAACCACUUUCCUUCUUCUCAUGCUCAUGAACUCUAUGCAGUCAAGAUUAAGUUUUGGUUCUAAAGUUUCAUCAUUUACCACUUGCUUCCUUCUAAGGCAGCGGAGGAUCUCUCGCACAGCAUCUUCUUCCACUGCCCAUAUUGCUCCUGUUAAGUUCUGGAAAUCUCUCUGGCAUGUCCAAGCUCUUCCCCGUUGCAAGGAGGUUGCUUGGAGGGCGGUGAGAAGCAUUCUUCUAGUGAGGAAAUUGCUGCAAGUUCGUGGAGUUGAUGUGGACGCUAGCUGUCCUUUUUGCCAUGACAUUCCUGAAACGAUCGACCAUGUCCUUCUGGCAUGCCCGGUUACAUCACGAUGGUGAGUGGCUUGCGGGUGCAGCCCGAUAGCACGGUAAUGAGUUUGUUGCAGCAGGUUUUUGAGCUUCAUGCGUUGACAGCUAAACGUGAUGAGUUGCACUGGCCUCAUACUGUGGAUGGUUUGUAUACUACAAAGUCCGGUUAUGAUUUUGUUAGGCAGCGGAAGAUCUCUUGCACAGCGUCUUCUUCCACUGCCCAUAUUGCUCCUGUUAAGUUCUGGAAAUCUCUCUGGCAUGUCCAAGCUCUUCCCCGUUGCAAGGAGGUUGCUUGGAGGGCGGUGAGAGGCAUUCUUCCAGUGAGGAAAUUACUGCAAGUUCGUGGAGUUGAUGUGGACGCUAGCUGUCCUUUUUUGCCAUGACAUUCCUGAAACGAUCGACCAUGUGCUUCUGGCAUGCCCGGUUACAUCACGAUGGUGGUUCGCGAUGGUGAGUGGCUUGCAGGUGCAGCCCGAUAGCACGGUAAUGAGUUUGUUGCAGCAAGUUUUUGAGCUUCAUGACAGCAGCUUGGAAGCUUUGUGUGUAUCGGUUUUGUGGGUGAUUUGGGAAGCAAGGAACAGGUGUGUUUUCCAAGGGGUGGAGCCGCGAGUUGAUGAUUUGGUGACUCGAUUAAAGUUGAUGGCGGCACCACCGCGCACAACAGCUUCAGUUCGACAGAGGAUUCUUCCGGCAACAUGGCACCGACCAGAGCAGGACAUCAUUAAGAUGAACUUUGACGGUUCAUGGAAGGAAGAUCGAGAGGCUGGGUUUGGUUGUGUGGCUCGCAAUGAUCAGGGACUAGUUAUGGCAGCUGCGACGACAUUCCCCAUUGAUGCGCCUUCGCCUUUGAUCGCUGAAGCUUUGGCCUUUCGUUGGACACUUUCACUCGCCUCUGAUUUGUUCUUCAUGGAGAUUGCUUUGGAAACGGAUUGUCUUCAACUGUUUGAUGCUUGGAAUAAGCCACUGCAUGGUGCUUCUUAUUUUAUUUCAAUUCUUAGAGAUUGUAAGGAUUUGGUUUCCCGCUUUAAUAGUUUUAGUUUAUCUUUUGUUCGCCGAUCCGGAAACACUGUAGCUGAUCACUUAGCUAAGAACUCCUCAAAGUACCCCAACUAUGUUUGGAUUGAGGAGGUUCCGCCGGAUUGUAUUCGUUUGGUUGAUUCUGAUGUAACUGCCGCUAUGACCACUUAAGCUAUUUUUAAUAAUAUU